UCUUGCUUUCCACUUGAUUUUUUGACUCAAAAGAUGGACAGUUUCGUCUAUGCUUUCGAUAUAUGAGUGUCCAGAUCUGUUUAUGUGAUCGUGGAUUGUAUCAUCAUUACAAGAGUGAAUCAUUUAGCAAAUAUUUUAAAAUAAAAAUUAACGCAAAAAUAAUAAAGGAACGUGAAAAAUUUCUCACAACCGGUUGUCCGAAGUUUGAUACAUUACUUCAAGGCGGUAUCACUACUCGCGGGAUUACACAAAUUUAUGGAGCUGCAAGUACAGGAAAAACACAAUUAGCUUUACAAUUAUGCCUGACAGUACAGUUACCUACAACAGAAGGUGGCUUUGCUGCUGUACAUCAAAUAAUUAAUGUAGGUGCAGUAUAUAUUUGUACUGAAUGUACAUUUCCCUCACGAAGAUUACAGGAAUUGAUACAAAAACUGGAAAUUACUAAAAAAUAUGGAAUAAAUGGUGACUCAGUAUUUGUAGAACAUAUAUCAACUAUUGAGGAACUGGAGAUAUGUUUGCUUCAUAGAAUUCCAAUAUUAAUGUCUGUACAAAAGAUAGGAUUAAUAAUUAUAGAUUCAAUUGCUGCUCCAUAUAGAGUAGAAGAUUGGAAAGAUGAAUCUAAUAAAAGAGGAAAAAGUUUGAGAACAAUUGGACAACAGUUACAUAAAUUAUGUAAAAAUGACAUUUGUGUAGUUUGCAUUAAUCAGGUAACAGCAAUUAUGCAUGGUAAUAUAUCUAGUGAUUAUUUGAGUGUACGACCGUCUUUGGGAAUAACUUGGUUAAGUAUGAUAACUAAUUCCAUACAGUUUUACAGAAUAGGUACUAUGAGAUAUGCUUGUGUUAAAUUGUCAUCAAAUUUAUCAGAAACAACUAUUUCAUUUGAAAUACAAGGAUAUGGGGUAAAAGCAAUAGAUUGAAUAAAACAAAUUGAAAUAAAAGUUUAAUGUUUAUUUGAUUGCAAAA